AUGUUCAAGAAGUACAAAAACCAGGACUUGGAUGUUUCAUUCUGGUGGAAGAAAAAUCCAAAGACCCCAUCUGACUAUGUGAAAUUGAUAAAUGAACAGUUGAAUAAGAUAGAACCAACACCUCUUCCUAAUGGUACCAAUAUAACUUCGUCUUCCUCAGAUAAUAAGCGAAAAGCACAGGAAGAGGUUGCUAAGUAUUUGGUUGGAAUGAAGCAUUAUAUUCUGGGUGAUGUGGACCCCAAGCCGACAUCAGAGGCAAUAGACGAAUUUUAUUCUGCAAUGCUGUCUUCAGAUAUAUUUCAUAAUCUUUUGGUACAUAUUGCAGACCUUGAUUUUGAGUCGCGAAAGGAAGUUCUUUUAAUACUUUCUAUUUGCUUAAACUAUUCAAAGGAUAAUAAGUUUGUCACUGUAGAUUAUCUGGUGUCUCAAUCCAAAACACUAUCAUUAAUGCUACGAACAAUGGGCUUGACCCUUCAAAGAAGAGAUACGUAUGAUAUCUUUAUCAUUGUCGGGAACAUGAUUAUUGAAUGCAUUAAGUAUGAGCAACUGUGUCAUAUCUUUUUAACAGAUACUCAAUUGUGGAGUUUGUUUGAAUUUGCAGGAAUUGCUAACUUUGAAAUUAGUACCCAGUCAAUGCAAAUUUUAAAUUCUGUACUAACUACCCAUCCCAAACUGGUUGCAAGGGAGUUCUUUAGUCAAGAGAAGAAUAUUAAUUUAUUUAUCAGGCAUAUUAAUAAGUUGAUGGCUCACGGUAGUUAUGUGACAAAAAGACAGAGUUCAAAGCUUUUAGCUUCAUUGAUAAUUAUCAGAGCUCAUAAUGUCCUUAUGAUGACAUACAUUAAUGCACCAGAAAAUUUAAAGCUGAUUAUGACUUUGCUGACUGAUAAAUCAAGAAAUCUACAAUUAGAGGCAUUUAACAUUUUCAAAGUAAUGGUAGCAAAUCCAAAAAAAUCAAAGCUGGUCUUUGAUAUUUUGGUAAAGAACAGAGAUAAAUUACUGGCUUAUUUAGAACUGUUUGGCAAAGAAGUUCAAGACUCAACCUUUUUGGAUGAAAAAGAAUUUAUUAUGAGGGAAAUUGAAAGUCUGCCAAGAAUUAAGCCAAAUACAAAUGAACAUAACAUUAACAUGUCCAACUCACCACCAAAAGGUUUAUUACAUUCGGAUCAAAAAAAAACGGCAUCAAGUCAGCAGUUCAAUGAAAAUCAUAAUGAGUUAUCUGGUAACAAUUCUUCUGGUAAUGUUACGAAAAGCUUAGCAUCAAUAGGCUAA